UGUAUCUUUGUUUGUGUGAGGGCGUUUUUGCAUCUUUUGUAUUCGUUUGGUCUCAACCUGUCCUGGCCCGUGGGACGAACCCUAGGCGAUUUUACUGGCGGCGUCGGGGCGAACGGAGCAGCCGCCGAUGGGCGGAUGGUGAGGCACCGCGCGGUCGUGGCAUGGGGCUGGCGUCGCCGAUUCCGCACCUGCCCCAGUACGUCGGCGCCGCGCUCGAUUUCGGCAUCGUGCCCACCACUGCGUCGCCGGUUCGUCGAUUCCGCAUCCCCGCCACCCACUGCGCCGCCGCUCGCCUCGCGCCGUCGACUCCGACGUUUUCGCGGCCCCGACCCCCAUUGAGCGGCGCUGCUUCUGGCCUUGUUAGCCGCCCCGCGCCGCCGCGUGGAUCCCCAGACGGAUGCGCUGUGGAGGAGGCGACGCGCCGCCCGGGCAUGGCAUCCAGGCCUCCGACGAAGCGACGCACGGCGCGGCCGUGGCGUCCAACCCUCGGGUACGUGGGCGGCGACGUGGAGCAAAGUACUGUAUGAACAAGAGCACAAACAGACCACAGGAGCUUCUGCAAGAAUUAGGAAAAGUUCAUCAGGACUGCAUAUGUUCAGGGCUGUGGUUUAUCAUUCCGGGAGGAUCUUCCCAACAAGUAUGUUGAACAGAUGGUUAACUACUGCACUACGGCUUCAAACAGUAGUCUGCAUGAUGCAUUGGAUUCAUCAGUGUACCUUGUGAACGAGAAGAAAAAAAAAAUUACAAUUGGGAGAACAAACCUGAUCAUGUAUGUCCACAGCUGUAUGAUCACAAGGAGAAGUACAUAGCAUAUGAUAAGAGACUCGAAGACGAGAAAUGCAAAUAUAGGAAAUACUGUACACUUUUUUGGUUAAUGCUAAUAUUAUAGUAUGUAGCUAGAGUACUGAUUUCCACCGUGUAGAGUAAUCAUUAUCUAUGGUGUAAUCUUGUCUUUCAGUCUAGAGGUACAUUCAGUUUCGCUACUUGCACAAACGAUCACCAAUAAUUUUGAGAUGCAACAUAGUGAAGUUUGGUCAA